GCGCGAACGGAUAGGAUGCUUUCGUAAAUUUGUUGUCUGCAUCAGCUGGAAACACGUGUGCAGCUGUGUGUUGUCACAUUCGCCGUCCACAAUGUCCAAUUUCCUAAGUAUCGCUGUGUCAGUGACCUGCAUCAAGUUGCUGUUCAUAACUGCCUACCGAUCCACGGACUUCGAGGUACACCGAAACUGGUUGGCAAUCACUCACUCCCUGCCAACGUCGAAAUGGUACUUCGAGAACACAUCCGAAUGGACGCUGGAUUACCCACCAUUGUUCGCCUGGUUCGAAUACGUAUUGUCCCUGGCAGCUCGAUUCGUGGAUCCUGGGAUGCUAGAAAUAGCUAACCUCAACUAUGCCAGCUCUGCAACCAUCUACUUUCAAAGGCUUACGGUUAUCUUAUCCGACCUGAUUCUUAUUUAUGCCGUUUGGGUAUGGCAAGGGCUGAUUUCACCAAGAAAGGGAGACCGCUCGUCUAAGCACGAUGACCCCUGGCUCGAUAAGACCACUGUGCUCUCAAUGUUGUUUCUUUGGAACCCUGGAUUGCUGCUCGUUGAUCAUGUGCACUUCCAGUACAAUGGUUUCCUUCAUGGAAUCCUACUGCUUGCUACAGCCCGCCUCUUUCAGGGGCGCUGUGUUGAAGCCACGUUGUGGUUCACCAUUCUGCUUAAUCUGAAGCACAUCUAUUUGUAUGUAGCUCCAGUAUUUUUCGUGUACCUCUUGAGAAACUACUGUUUUGCACAGUCCCAUGGAAAAGCCCCUCAAUCGUUGCUUUGGAGGUUUCAGCCCAUCCAUUUCUUAAGGUUGGCUGGAACUGUGCUGCUGGUUUUUGCCGUUUCACUGUGGCCAUUCUUGAGCAAGGCUCAGCUGACGCAGAUGCUUCAGAGGCUGUUCCCCUUCAAAAGGGGUCUCUGCCACGCCUACUGGGCUCCUAACUGGUGGGCACUCUAUGCAGCUGUGGAUAGAGUGCUGGCAUUUGCAGGUUAG